CUCAUUUAUAGUCUGCCUGGUUCCUACCUCUCUUCUCCAUGUUCUUCUCCUUCACCUGUCUCUUUAAACCAAUCUUCAACCCGUCCAAUGCUUCUUUUUGUUGAUGUUUCAAUGGAUUUCAAACCUAUGACAAGAUCCAAGUAAACCCUUUUCUUUGCAUUGUCUGGAAAAAAACAACCCUGUCUUUUCCAAUGGAUCUUGUAAGUAAAACCAGAUUCUCACAAGCUCUUUCACCGCCCACAAGUCCGGUGAACUCGAUCUCGGCGUCUCAUCCCCAUUCUUACGACUCGAGUUUCCCCAUCAUCGCCGUCGCCGUGUUGGGGAUUCUAGCUACAGCUUUCUUGUUGCUCAGCUAUUACAUCUUCGUCAUCAAGUGUUGUCUCAACUGGCGAAGGAUCGAUCUCUUACGGCAAUUCUCGUUGUCUCGACGGCGACACGAUGACCCUUUGAUGGCGUACUCUCCGGAGGAGAUCGAACGACAACACCGGGGCCUCGACGAAUCGGUUAUAAGGCGAAUCCCGAUAUUUCGAUUUGAUAAGGAAUCGAGAGAGGGAAGCCUUUGCGAAUGCGCUGUUUGCUUGAACAAAUUCGAAGUGGACGAGAAGCUGAGGAUGAUACCUAAUUGCAGCCAUGUUUUCCACAUCGAUUGUAUAGAUGUCUGGCUUCAAAACAAUGCGAAUUGUCCGCUUUGCCGGACUAGUAUCUCGAGUGACGACGGUCGGUUCCGAGCCGACCCCGUCGUCGCUCCGAGCUCGACGCCGCAAGAUCCGAUUCCAUACACCGAGACCAUCAUUAACGGUGACGAAGACUUUGUGGUGAUUGAAAUAGGUAAUAACAACCCUAGCCGUUCCACUCAUCAAACAUUGCUUGGGGCACAAGAAAGACUGAAUUCGGAGAACUCCACCGCGGAGUUAUCGAUCCGUUCGAUUAGUCCUCCACCGUGGAAGUCGGACCAAAGAUUGUUGACGAAGAAAGCGAGGAAGUUCCAUAAGGGGACUAGCAUGGGAGAUGAAUGCAUUGACAUUAGAGACAAAGACGAACAAUUUGCAAUUCAGCCGAUACGAAGGUCUAUCUCGAUGGAUUCUUCGGCGGACCGUCAGCUGUUUUUAGCCGUUCAAGAAGCGAUAAGAUCGAGCCGGGACCAGCAGCUAGCGACCGCCGUUAGCCCCGUUGAAGGUUGCAGUAGCAGCAGGGUGAAGAGAUAUUUUUUCUCCUUUGGACAUAGUAGAGGGUCCAAAAAUGCACUUUCACCUGUUUAUUUGGAGCCUUGAAACCAGAGUUUUUGGGGUUUCUUUCUUUCUUUUUUGACCAUAGAGAUUAAGAGAGUCAUUAAAUUUGUGACAUAGAAAUGUUC